GAGCGGUUGGUCUGGGUAGGUAAUGAAGUGGUGGCAGCGGCGCGGUGGGGGAGGGGGGGAUGUCCAGGACUGCUUGGGAACCAGAACUCGAAGGAAAGGAGCAAGACAAGGGGUGUCAUAAGUUGAGUGGUUUCCCAACCUGCUGGCCACAGGGCCCUGCAUCUCUCGUCCGCAAACCGCUAGUGAUUCUCUUCUCGUUAAGUACCACAUACCCCUUUUGCACCAUUAUUAUCCCUGACCCCAAUUCAUCCCUGCCUACCUCUCCCCGGACGGUAACAUGCCGGGGAAGGCUCCCAUGGCGAUCCGGGCCUUCAUCGAGUCCAUCCCCGAUGCCAAACUGGUCGGAUUCGCGGAUCCGAACCCGACCUAUACGAUUUACACCAAUGUAGACUUUCGUCUGGAUCUCCAGAAUAAAACAUCCACGAAACCGCCCAAGUACAACUUGCAGGUUCAGGUUAACAGGCAUUCGACCAUUAGCACCCUGAAGAAUAUGAAGCAGAAGACUGGCAAGACCAGCACCAGUGUAGCGAAGGCUCUUGUUCCGACUGACGGGUCGUGGAGUGCUGCCAGGGUUCGGGCGGCCCUGCUCGCGGGCCGGAUGUUUUAAUCCUAGGAGGUUGGCCUGCCGGAAGACCAAUGCAUUCUUUUGCUUGUCUUUAUCGCUCGCCGUUGUUACAUUGAGUCUGGGUUCGGACUUUUAGAGAAUCUAAAUGCGAGUUACCGGAAUUAUGCC